AUGCCAUUAUUCUACAAACCAGGAAGUGAAAGUUACUACUCCAGCACGCCACCAGCUAUUCCAUCACCAGGAAACAACUCAUGGCUAGGAGAUGUUCUUCACUCGGAUGCACCAGAAGAUAAGAUUCUAUCUGCGGGAUUUUACAAGCAAGGACCGGGUGAGGCGUUGGUCUACGAAUACACCUACGAGGAGAUGAAGGUCAACAUGGAGGUCCAUGGUAAGUUCACCGUUUCUGAUGAAACCGGUAAGACUGUUGAAGUUACUCCAGGUUCGACCUUCUAUUUCCCCAAGGGAUGCACCAUAACUUUCAAGGUCGAAGGAACUGAUGAAGUUCCUGAAGAAGAGGCCUACGCGCUCAAUUGGUUCUGCGGUUUGAGACCAGCCGAUGGUGCAUAA